AUGUUUGCGAAGCCGCGAGUAAAGAAGAGCAUUCUUCCGCCUCUCACUAAGAAGCGGAAAAACACUUCAGAAGUGGAAGAAGUAACAUUCGACAAUGACGCCCGCCAAGAAUACCUGACGGGCUUUCAGAAGCGAAAGCAGCAGCGCAUAAAACAUGCACAGGAGGUAGCAGCAAAGCGAGCGCGACAAGAGAAAUUGGAUACUCGCAAACAGGUCCGAGACGAGCGACGCCAAGAACUGGAAGACCACGUUCGUCAGGUGAAUGAGAUGUUGAAAGCAUCCAAUGCCGCCGGGGCCGAGGAAUAUGAUCAGUCUGACAUUGGACAUGACACGGAAUGGGACGGGUUUCCCGACAAGCCCGAGCUGGACAUUGUCGACCACGAAGAGGAGUACAUAGAUGAGGAUCGGUAUACAACUGUGACGGUCGAGACUGUAUCAGUGUCUCGCGAUGGCCUGUCAAAACCGGAACUACCCAUCGAAGACGAUGAGAGCAAGCAAAAAGAAGACGAGGGCCCCGAAAAGGCGGAAGAAAAGGAGGAGAACCCCAAGAACCGAAAGGCUCUGAAGCCGAAAAAGAAGCAAUUUCGCUACGAAACAAAAACGGAAAGAGAUUUCGAAAACCGGAAACAAAGAGCGAGAAACAAGGCCAAACGGCGGGUAUGA